UACACAUAAACAUAAAUAAUGAUAAAAAUGUCACCACCAGCUCGCUCUUUGAUAUUUGGGGUCGUCUUUUUCUUGUUUUUAUCAAUAUUUUCAUUCAGUACAACUAAUGCUCAUAGUUGCACAGAGGGAUUCUUGUCAGAGGCGAAGCGGAGAAAUCUAGUAGCAACAUUUUGCAAGCGAUAUCAAGAAAGCAACGGAGUUGAAAUAGCCAUGAAGCUGAAGGAAAAACCUCGAAGGCUCGACAUAAUGGUGGGAGCUAUGUUAGAAGAAGGAACAGGGUGGCUAGCCUGGGGUUUGAACCCUGGCCCAGAAGCUAGAAUGGUUGGCACACAAGCUCUCAUUGGUAUCAAGAACAAGAGCAAUUUACUUUGGGAUACUUACAACAUCACCACCUAUACAAAGUUUGGUUGUCAACUCUUGCCUUCUCCAAUUGACUUGAACAUUAGCAAUUUUAAUUUCAGUUACAUUGAUUACCUUCAGUAUCAUGUCAUAAAAGCAACUAUUGUUCUUGAUCCAUUAAAAUAUGAUGUGUCGAGAUUAAAUCAUGUGUGGCAAGUUGGAGUUGAUGUGGAUGCAGUAGGGAAGGAACCAAAGAUGCAUGCUAAAGCACUCAGGAAUUAUGAUAGUACUGAAACAAUUAACUUGAUGACUGGUAAAGGUCGAGGCAAUAGAGUCCAUACAUCUAACCUGAUAAGACAAGUUCAUGGAGUAUUAAAUAUCAUUGGGUGGGGUACAUUGCUGCCCAUUGGCGUACUUAUAGCAAGGAAUUUCAGAGAGUACCCUUUACCUUGUUCGGGAUGGAAAAGUUACCAUAUUUCAUGCCAGUCAGUUGGAUACAUUGUGGGAUCAGCGGGUUGGGCUGUCGGAAUAUGGCUUGGCAAAGCAUCCAAAUACUACUCCUUUCCCAAACAUGGAAUUUUUGGCAUCUGCAUUUUCACUUUUGCCACUUUACAAAUGCUGUUUCUCAAACUUAAACCGGACGAUGAAAGUAAGUGUCGCGAUUAUCGGAACAUGUUCCAUCAUGUUCUUGGAUAUUCAUUACUUGUCGUGAGUUGUAUCAACAUAGUGAAAGGGCUAAGAAUAAUGUAUUUGGACGAAAAUUACUGGGUACCAGCUUAUUUCGGAGUUGCUGGCUGCCUCGCUUUCAUCUUUCUAGUCUUUGAAAUUGUCUCCUGGUUCAAUUUCUUAUGCGACAAGUUUCAGCUUAGGGUCCUAUGUGACAAAGACACAGCAAACGACGAAGCAAAUUCUAAAAAGGUUUCAAGAGAUGAUGGCAAAGUGCAGCCUAGCGAUACACCAAAAAACAACUAAUUAAGAGACACCAAUAAAGUAGGAAAAUCCGGAACGCAGUCAGUUGCUGCCAUUUUUCCUUUUGUUUUGGCUCGAUUCUAUUCUGCUUUGUCCAAUGUGUGAGUUAGUGUUUGGAGCUUUUCGUUUCUUAAUUUUUAUAAACAUAUUUGUGUGUACUAAUAAAUUGGCAAGGGAUUUUAUU